CCAAAUGUUGAUGAUCAUAAUAAAUGUCCGGACGUAUAAUGAAUAUAGAUUCCCGCGUCUUUGGAUGAUAUCUAUAAAGACAAAAUAAGAACCAAUCUACGUAUUCGUUCUUCAAUCCCACACCUCUUGUGUCACUUUCUACCUUUCUCUUCUCAAAUUUUCAAGCUAUUUUGCUUCUCUUGACACAGAUUCCACUCUAUAAAUCUCAUUAUAUUAUUAUAUUCUCUAAGCUUCAUUUUAAUCAAACGUCAAAAGGUAGAAGCAGCUGAGUAUCAAUGGAGCAGAACUACAUGAGGCAUGAGCUAUGGAGAGAUGGAGAUUUUCAAGAAGAUGAUGUGUGGGAUGUUCUUGAUGCAUAUCAAUCACCGUUUAUGAAUAGUAUUAGUAACCAUACCACUAAAACUUCUUUCUCAACCCAAACUUUACUUCCAAGCGAACCUAGAAUGAUUCCUGAGAGGCAGAGGAUAGAAGGAAUGACACCUAUGAGACAACAGUCGGCUCCUGUCAAUGUCCCUGAUUGGUCAAUGGUUCAAAGAAAAAAGACAGAGAAAGUUGAUGAUGAUGAGAAUGUGUCACCUGAGGAAUAUUUCCUGCGGCGCAGUCGAUCAUCGUCCUCUUCAGUUAUGGAAGGAGUUGGAAGGAAACUGAAAGGAAGAGAUUUAAGCAAAGUAAGGAAUGCAAUAUUGAAGCAAACUGGAUUUCUUGAGUAGACCAAGAUUGUAUAAAUGUUUAUUAGGUGAUUUCAUUUUUUAAAAACUCUAGUUUGCUAAGAUGUAUACAUAUAUAUGUAUAUAGGUGGGUUUUUUUCUUCUUUUGGUUUUGAUAUAUGUAUAGGUGAUUUGAUUCGGCAUAGUAAUAUAAUAAAGAAGAAUCUCGAGCGGCUCUGCAUCUGCAACCACUAUCACAAAUUCGGGGAUCAAAUAAUUUACAAGAAGAUUAGGAUUUUAGAGGGAACGAGUUUCUCGACUUGAAGAUUCUCAAAGAACUCUUAAGGCUAAGCAAUGUUUCUUCUAUGUAUGUGUGUAUAAUGGGCCUGCGCAAUAGAUUUCGGCCCAAUUUCAUUUAACGAGAGGGUUUGUGUAUGAUUCAGUUCUUAUGUGAGCAAGCUUUGUUUGUACCACCAGUUAUUUUGUCACCUAUUUUGUCAACGAGU